AACCAGAGCCGGCUUGGCAGCCCUGUCGCUGUGGGAAAGGAAUACCCUCUCCUGGAGGGAGGCCAGCGUUUACUCCCUUUACAGCUGCAGCGUGCGGGGGAGGGAGGCGCCAUCCCAUACCCAUCCGUGGAGGUUUAGCAACCCGAUGAGUGAACCCUUUGGGACUCAGGGCUGAGCAGCACCUCUUCCUGGGCCCAGCCCUGCGUGGCGGCCACCUGCGAUCCAAGGGGUACCAGGCAAGUGCAGAGGAGGGCGCUCACUGGGCCAGGACGCUGCCCGCUGGGGCCUUUACCAGGCUUUGGGGCUGCCUCCUGACCGAGCUCAACAGGCCCAGGCAGCUGCUGCCUGAGCCACUGUGGGUGUCCCAGCCGCCGCCCGGGGAGCGACAGCCACAUUCCAGGCUCCGGGCUGGCAGGGAAGCUUGGCUGCAAGUUUCAACAGGAGAGUGGCUGGCGUUCAGACACAUCGGUGCUGAGAGUUUCCUCCCUUCCCUGGGAGGUCCCAGGUUGAGGAGAUGGAAGAACAGGUGUUCAAGGGGGACCCUGACACCCCUCAUUCCAUCUCCUUCUCGGGCAGUGGGUUCCUCUCCUUCUACCAGGCUGGGGCGGUGGACGCCCUUCGGGACCUGGCCCCCCGGAUGCUGGAAACAGCCCAUCGCUUCGCUGGGACGUCAGCAGGUGCAGUGGUGGCAGCCUUGGCCAUCUGUGGGAUCGAAAUGGAUGAAUACCUUCGCGUCCUCAAUGUGGGUGUGGCCGAGGUGAAGAAGUCCUUCUUGGGUCCCUUAUCGCCGUCCUGUAAGAUGGUGCAGAUGAUGAGGCAGUUUCUAUACCGGGUCCUGCCUGAGGACUCUUACAAGGUCACCACCGGGAAGCUCCACGUGGCCCUCACCAGGUUCACGGAUGGAGAGAGUGUGGUGGUUUCAGAGUAUACGUCCAAGGAGGAGCUCAUUGAGGCCCUGUACUGCAGCUGCUUUGUCCCUGUGUACUGUGGCCUUAUUCCUCCAACUUACCGUGGCGUGCGGUACAUCGACGGGGGCUUCUCCGGCAUGCAGCCCUGCUCCUUCUGGACCGACUCCAUCACCAUCUCCACCUUCAGCGGGCAGCAGGACAUCUGCCCGCGGGACUGCCCAGCCAUCUUCCACGAUUUCCGCCUGUUCAACUGCUCCUUCCAGUUCUCCCUGGAGAACAUUGCCAGGAUGACCCAUGCCCUGUUCCCCCCAGACCUGAUGAUCCUCCACAAUUACUACUACCGAGGGUACGAAGAUGCUGUUUUAUACUUGAGGAGGCUGAACGCUGCUUAUCUUAAUUCUCCUUCCAAGAGAGUGAUUUUCCCCCGGGUAGAAGUGUACUGCCAGAUAGAACUCGCCCUUGGCAACCAGUGUCCUGAAUGCUGUCAACCGAGCCUCCAAAGAGAGCCGGCCAGUCCAGAAGAAUCCAGACAACUUCACACACAGUGGGCUCCCAAAGGGGAUGGGAGGGGUGGCCGCAGUGCACCUCUGUCCCCACCCAUGCAGGCGCCCGAAUCCACAUGUGACUGGCCGGUGGAGGCACCUGCUUCGUCACCUGCACCGCCACCAGCCUCAUCACCAUCACGUUCUCCAACUGACUUGCCACCUGCGUCACUCCCAGCUGUGCCCUUACUCCCCAGCUCAACACCUGGGCCGUCCCCUGUAUCACCAUCACAGCAGAUACAACCGACUGCAUCACCACCCAAGUCCCCACCCCCCCAGGCCUCUGCGUCCCCCAGGCCAUCCCUGGGGCCUUCCACUGCGGGGGCACCUCCGGUGUUGCCCCGACAUUCUUCUUCAGCAUCACCUGCACAGCCACCUCUGGAGGAACUGGGCCCAGAACAGCCCCGAGCUCCCUCUGCCUCUUCAAAUUCGAAAAGCGCCGUGCCCCUGGCUAACGUGAAGGGAACCGCCAGCAAGCCCCACGCAGUGGAGAGCCCUGCUGAAGAGUCCAACUGGGUGAGCAAGGUAUUCAAGAAGAGCAAGCAAAAGACAAGUGGCACCAGAAAAGGCUACUUAAGACAUCCGCGAGCCAAGAAAACAGGCAGCAAAGUGCAGUCUGCCCCCUGCCCACUUGACUUCUCUCUGAUCUCCACCUCCGAGACAGUCUGGGUCGCCUACAAGCCUCAUCCCAGCCGCAUGCAGGAAUACAGCUGCCCUGAGGAAACUGUGAGCCGAGAGAGGAAACUUGAGCUGAAACGGGAGAGAACCUGACGCUCGCGAGGCUGAACCUUCUCCUCACUGUUCUCAGAUGCCCUCCUUUCACCCCAGGCCUUGCAAGGACUGGGGUCCCACCCACUACCAAGCCUGUUGGGGUAAAGGAUCCUGCUUCCCCCAGGCAAGAGCCUUCUGGUCUAAACAUCCUCCCAGCUUCCCUCUGGUCCUUCCGCUACUCUGCUCUGGACAGACAGAUGGAUGUCAGAACAGACAGUAAGAGUGGGCAGCACAGCCUCCUCCCAGGCAGCUGGGCUCUGAGUCCUCCUCCCAAGCCAGCCUGAGUUUGCUUCUUGGAGACCCUCGUCCUCUCCCAGGAGGUCAUCCACGGGGCAAAACUGUCGGGGGUCAGGCAGAGCUGAGCCACGGACACCCUUUCCUGUUUCCUGCAGUGUCAAGAGACCACAUCUUCUUCUGCUGUUUGUUUUUUGUUCACACAAUACACAAAAGGCUUGACCUGGAACCAGCGGACUCCAUCUCAGCCACUCACGGGAAUCCCCUGUCCUGCUGUGCUGACAGAGGGGAUGGGAGGCCGUGUGUGCCCUCCCCUCCCCUUUCCCAGCCCAGAUGAGGGCAGACUCUGUCUGCUGUUCACACCUCAGUGAAAACGAUCCACAAGAAAGAGGCCUUUAACUUCAAUUUUUACAGCCUGUCCAGAAAAAUAAAAUAAAAUUAACUCACUGCUUGUGGAUAACCUCUGGCUCCAGCCAGACCCAGUAAGGAAAAACAGGUUGUCCACAGGCCUCAGAUGCAUUUGCUCAACAAAUCCUAGAAUGCAAAUCCUAGAAGACUAGGUGGAAGAAAGCCCUGCACUGUGGCCCCUGAGAAGGACGCAUGCAAAUUUAAGCCCAGGUGGGUGGGAGGCUAUGGCAUGCAGGCAGGUGGACCCUGCACUGAACAGGACCAUGUGAGGGAACAAGAGUCUACAUCCAUCCUCUUCAGACGGAUCUACCUGGAGGAAUCUAAGUACCUUUGAGAGGCCUGAGAAGAACCAAACCUCAGGUGUUCUAGCAUCUGCUGCCUUGCUCAGUUCUGUGGCUCCGCCAGUCAAGAGAAGAGCCCCAGGAGUCAGGUGGAGUGGCCCUGCUGCCUUCAGGCCUUUCCCUAAGAAGGUCUUGCUGUUUGCAAGUAACUGUGUGCCCAGAGGCCCUGGGACAUGUGAGCCAGGGAGGGAGGGUUUCAAUCUUGCACAACUCAGGAAUGCUUAUUCCCUGGUGUGAAAAGGAGAACUGAAUAUAAUAUUAACUAUUGCUCUAACUCAAGCCUGUAUUUGAGCCCAGAUGCUUUAAGGUAGUUAGAGAAUUGUUCUUGCCUGAAUUCCAGGGUGGCUAGAGAAAAAAAAAAAA